UCUCUUUCCCUCUCUCCUCCCAUUCUCACGCCUCCAAAACCCCUGUUUUGCUUCUUUUCCCCUCCCGGUUUCUCAUCCCCACUACUUCUUCUCCCUCUCCAAUCUCUCUCUCUUCUUCACUUUUUCUUCACCUCUCGGUUUUAUCGCUUCCAUUUUUCUUUCUCUCUCCCUUCUCCAGCCAGAAAACCAAGCUCGAUUUCUUGCUCUUUGGACUGGCGUCGACUUCGCUGCACCUAGUGGCGGCGUUGGCACAGAAUGAUCGGGCUUUCAAAUUGGGGAGGUUGGACUUCUGCUGCCUCGUGCAUUGAAUCACCAAUAUCUUCAAGUGGUGGGAAAUUUUGAGAUUUUGCGCGUCUGGCAAUGGAGAGCCAAGACCAGAGAAACAUCCGUAACAUAUGCAUCCUUGCCCAUGUCGACCACGGAAAAACCACUCUCGCAGACCACUUGAUUGCGCGCUAUGGUGGCGGGUUGCUCCACCCCAAGCAGGCCGGCAAGCUUAGGUUUCUCGAUUACCUUGACGAAGAGCAGAAGCGGGCCAUUACGAUGAAGAGUUCUUCGAUUGCCUUGAGUUACAAGAACCACCUGAUCAACCUCAUCGAUUCUCCUGGACAUGUGGACUUCUGCAGUGAAGUUUCCACUGCCGCCCGGUUGAGCGACGGCGCCUUGGUUCUAGUUGAUUCUGUGGAGGGAGUUCACAUUCAGACCCAUGCUGUUUUGAGGCAGGCAUGGAUCGAGAAGUUGACACCGUGCCUGGUUCUGAACAAGAUCGAUCGGUUGAUUUGUGAACUCAAAUUGAGUCCCAUGGAGGCCUAUGCCAGGUUGCAGAGAAUUGUGAACGAGGUCAAUGGGAUAAUGAGUGCUUAUAAAUCAGAGAAAUAUCUAUCGAACGUGGACUCAGUACUUGCAGGAUCGGGUGAGAUGGGUGAGGAAGGGCAUGAGUUGGUGGAAGACGACGAAGAAGACACCUUCCAGCCUCAAAAGGGCAAUGUGGUCUUCGUCUGUGCUUUGGAUGGUUGGGGUUUUAGCACUGGUACCUUCGCAGAAUUUUACGCCUGUAAGCUCGGGGCGAGCUCGGCAAUAUUAAGGAAGGCUUUGUGGGGAUCUCACUACUUCAUUCCGAAGACAAAGAUGAUUGUCGGAAAGAAAGGAAUCGCUGGGAGCAAGAAUGCCAAGCCCAUGUUUGUGCAGUUUGUGCUUGAACCACUUUGGCAGGUGUAUGAGUCUGCUCUCGAGGGUGAGGGAGGUAAAGGAAUGUUGGAAAAGGUGAUCAAGUCUUUCAAUUUAUCAGUUCCGCCUCGGGAACUUCAGAACAAGGACCAGAAGACAGUACUUCAGGCCAUCAUGAGCCGGUGGCUUCCUUUGUCGGAUGCUGUAUUGGAGAUGGUUGUGAAUUGUAUUCCAGAUCCCAUUGCUGCACAGUCAAUGAGGAUCUCCCGCUUGCUCCCAAAGAUUGAGGUCUCGAACAGGGGAUGGGAUACUAAUCUAAUUGUUGAGAUGGAGAAAGUAAGGAAGAGCGUGGAGAUUUGUGAUUCGAGGUCGUCUGCUCCUUGCGUGGCUUUUGUAGCAAAGAUGUUUGCGGUUCCCCUUAAAAUGGUCCCGCAAAGAGGUCCUAAUGGGGAGGUAAUCGACAACAUCGUGGAAGAAUUUGGCGGACUGGGCGAAUCUGAUGCAGGUAAUCAAGAGUGCUUCCUUGCUUUUGCUAGGAUAUUCAGUGGCAUCUUUUCUACAGGUCAGAAAGUUUGUGUGCUCUCCUCCAUGUAUGAUCCAUUGAAGAGUGAAACAAUACAGAAGCAUGUGCAAGUUGCGGAACUACGGUCUCUGUAUUUGAUGAUGGGGCAAGGAUUGAAACCAGUUGCCUCUGCUGCUGCUGGUAAUGUGGUUGCAAUAAGGGGUCUUGGGCAGUUCAUUUCAAAAAGUGCCACGCUUUCAUCGACACGUAACUGUCAGCCUUUCUCAAGCAUGGUGCAUCAGGUCUCUCCCAUGCUGAAAGUGGCAAUCGAGCCUUCUGAUCCUGCAGACAUGGGUGCACUGAUGAAAGGACUCAGGCUGUUGAACAGAGCAGAUCCCAUUGUAGAGAUUACUGUGUCCUCAAGAGGUGAACAAGUGCUUGCAGCUGCGGGAGAGGUGCACUUGGAGAGGUGCAUAAAGGACCUCAAAGAAAGAUUUGCAAGGGUGAAGUUGGAAGUUUCACCUCCGCUUGUGUCAUAUAAGGAGACGAUAGAGGGUGAGGAAUGUGGCCCACUUGAGACCUUGAAGAUGCUGACUGGCGGUGCAGAGUAUAUUGAAAAGAUGACACCAAAUGGCAGAUGCAUUGUGAGAGUACAAGUGAUGAAGCUCCCGACUGAGCUCAUAAAGGUUCUUGAUGAGAGUGGUAGCCUGUUUGGUAGCAUUUUUGAACGGAAACCAGAGCAGAUGAUUGGAAGCUCUGAAAACAAAGUUCCUGAUAACAACAAUGAAAAUGAGGUUUCUUUCGAGGAUUCAGUUGCUGCACUCAGAGACCGCAUGGUUAAGUCUAUCGAGAUUGAAGUAGAAUCUGGCAGUAAAGAUAUUGAUAGAGAUCGGCGAGAGAAGUACAUAACUUUGUGGUUUCAAUUCUUCCAAAGGAUUUGGGCUCUUGGUCCUCGACAAGUCGGACCCAAUGUAUGCCUUGUUCCCACAAUCAUGCACGAAAAUGGCCUGAACAGUGGAAGCAAGCCUAUGGAUGACUGCAUUCUCAUACGAGGUUACCCUCAUGUAUCUGAAAAAUUGGGCUUUCUCCAUGCUUCUGCUGCAAACAGAGAAAAGGAAUCAGUUGAGACUUGCAAUCCUGCAACUCGGGAUCUGCAGAUGGAAGCAGAGGGUCUUGCCAAUAGCAUUGUUUCAGGAUUUCAAUUGGCUACAGCAGCUGGACCGUUAUGUGAUGAACCCAUGUGGGGUUUGGCAUUUCUAAUAGAGGCAUACAUUCUUCCGCGGCAAAGUCAACCUGAAGAUCCUGAAAAUAACCAGCAAUUCGAUCAAUAUGGAGUUUUGACAGGGCAAGUUAUGCAUGCUGUAAAGGAAGCCUGCAGGGCAGCAGUACUUCAGAAGAAGCCUCGCCUGGUCGAAGCAAUGUACUUUUGUGAGAUGAGCACACCAACUGAAUUUUUAGGGCCUCUGAAUGCCGUUCUUGCAAGGAGGCGUGCGAGAGUAUUGAAGGUAGAAAUGCAAGAAGGGUCGCCUGUAUUUACUGUGCAUGCAUAUCUUCCAGUCUCUGAGAGUUUUGGAUUUUCUGAUGAGCUCAGGAGAUGGACGUCAGGUGCUUCAAGUGCUCUCCUUCUCCUUAGCCAUUGGGAGGCUUUGCCUGAGGACCCUUUCUUUGUUCCAAAAACAGAAGAGGAAAUAGAAGAGUUUGGUGAUGGUUCUAGUGUACCACCAAACACGGCGAGGAAACUUAUUGAUGCUGUAAGGCGAAGAAAAGGGCUCCCCGUGGAGGAGAAAGUUGUUCAGCAUGCGACAAAGCAGCGAACACUGGCAAGAAAAGUAUGAAACUGCACUUCGUGGACACUGCACAGGGACCGUAUGUGGAAUGUUCGGCAUAUUUGUUACGCUUUCUUGGCAAAUUUUGGAGUUCACUCAGGAAGAUUCUCAAUUUCAGAUUUUCUGCAUAUAUUUUGCAAGGAUCGGGCAAGAAAAGGAUGCACUGACAUUCGUUUAUUUUUUAUUUCUUUAUGUAUUCGUGGCAAAAGAUAGUGGAAAGAUCAUUGUAAUUUACUUUUGGGAGGCAUUUAUUGUGGUUGAUGCUGCUUUUACAUAGUUUUGCAUCAACCGAGGUGGUAAUACAAGUUUCAUUCUAAAAGACAAUCAUAAUACAAAGCAGUUUGAUGUUAUCAUAAUGCAAGGCAGUUUGAUGUUCAUGACGGCCCAUCAUAUGAUAUUGCAUCAAGGGCAACUUUCUUGAGGGACCAUGACGUUACCGCACAAUCUUGUCAAAGAGGAAACAGUAAAUGCGUUGCACACACUCGAUAACAACUUUAAGUGUUCAGAGAUUUUGAAAAUAGUAGGAGUUCGACGAUGAAGCUCCAAAACAAGUACUACGUUCUAUUCAAAGGCAGAGCAUGAGGCAUAUGUGACAGUUGGGAGCGUUUCCAGCCUAUUGUCUACUGGUACGAAGGUGCAGUUUACAAGUCAUUCACCACAAUUGAAGCAGCAAGCACACAUAGCAAGGAGUCCGUGAAGAACAAAAUGAAAGAGAGGAGUCGAAGGGAGGUUUAACGAUAUAUGGCAGGUUCUGUACGUGGUCAACUGUCAUGUUACCGGUCUAUACUUUAUGAACUAACAAUUACGCUUUUUUAUUCCUCAAGCUGGAUGCUGUUUCGCUUCAUGAGCUAUUAACAGACUAUUAAAGUAUGGUUAACUUAAUAUGUUGUAUGUUUAACAUGAUGUCAAUGUAGUUGAUCUUUGACAAUACGGUCUACUGUAGCAACUCUCUCUCUCUCUCUCUCUCGCUCCUUACUCUCUACUUUUCUACUAAACAUUAUUUAUACUUUCUUGCUUUUAA